AUGGCAGCGCCCCCAUCAAGAACGGUUCUACGUAUUGAAACAGAGUUAAAAGAUUUACAACAAAGUCCAUUGGAAUUUGUUAACAAUCUAGAAACUGUUGAUGAUAAUCACUACGAGUGGAAAGGCAAGAUGAUGGGUCCACCAGAUACUCCAUAUGCCGGUAAAACAUUGGAAUUUACAAUAACAUAUACACAAGAAUAUCCCUUGAGAGCACCUACAUUUAAAUUCAUAACACAAAUAGAUCAUCCAAAUAUACAUUCAAAAGAUGGUACGAUUAGUUUAGCUUUAUUGCAACGAGAAUGGACACCGAAAAUAUCAAUGAGAACAAUUUUACAAGGUGUUUAUUCAUUAUUAGUUCUUCCAGAUCAUAAUACACCGAUUGAGCCAGAAAAAGCAAACCCCAAGACAUAA